UCGUUUUUUGCGGUCCAGGAUGGUCCCUUUGGUGGAGCUGAAUGGUCCCCAGUGGAGGUCAUUCCACCAAUGAUUCGCGACCUCCUCCGUUACUUUUUACAGUAUCCAUCACCGCCGGCUCAACUGCUCGCGGGGCAGAUUCCCAGUAGAUCACGCUCAGCUUCAUCACCGACGAACCAUCGCCGAAGGAAGCAAUCCCUAAUCUGUUUGUCUAUGUUCCAUAUUUGCGAUUUGGAUCGCUGAUCGGAUCGGUGUCGCCGGCCAUUUGAUUCCAGUAGAGAUUAGGGUCCCGAACAGAAGAAAGUGGGGCGAAGGCUUCUCCUUGUGUAAUUGUCAGCAUGUGCAUAGCAGCGUGGGUGUGGCAAGCGCAUCCUGUCUACCAACUUUUCCUCCUCCUCAACAGAGACGAAUUCCAUGACAGGCCUACAAAACCAGUGGAGUGGUGGGGGGAAGGCAGCAAUCAAAAGAUCCUGGGAGGAAGAGAUGAACUAGGAGGAGGUACGUGGUUGGGGUGCACAAAGGAUGGUUUCUUGGCAUUUCUGACUAAUUUUAGGGAGCCCGAGCCUAGUUCUGGAACAAGGUCCAGGGGCGAAUUGCCAAAAAGGUUCUUGGAGGGAACAAAAUCUGCUUCAGAGACUGCAGAGGAAAUAGUCAAGGAAGCUCAUCAAUAUGAUGGAUUUAAUCUCAUAUUGGCUGAACUUCAAACAAAAACCAUGUUUUACAUCUCCAAUCGCCCGAAAGGAAAACCUAUAUUUGUUCAGAAAGUUCCUCCUGGUGUCCAUGUACUUUCAAAUGCAAAUCUGAACUCUCCAUGGCCCAAGGCAGAAAAAUUACGCAGAGAACUCUACAAAAUACUAGUGAGUUACGGAGAGACAAAACUUUGUGAAAAAGACAUGGUCGAAAAGCUGAUGGGUGACAAAACGAAAGCUGAUAGAAGUAUGUUACCUACCACUGGCUGCGAUCCCGAACGGGAAUUCGAUCUGAGUUCUAUCUUUGUGGAAAUCAAUGCAAAAUCGAGGCGAUAUGGAACCCGAAGCAUGGCUGCCGUAUCAGUCAAAACAAACGAUGAAGUCGCCUUCUACGAGAAGUAUCUUGAGAACAACAAUUGGAGGGAGCAUCUCUUUCAGUACCAUAUGCAGAGUUCGCCAAUAGAUCAGAAGUUAGCUAAAUAGUUGCCUAUGAACAGCUGUAUUGCUGCCAGACAUUUCUAUUUAGGGGUGCAAACAAAUUGAAGAGCGAAUAAAAAUAUUAACAUUUGAAUUUGAGCUCUAAAAA